AUGGUUGAUGAAGAGGAUGUAAAUGUAAAAACAAGAAAGCCAAGACAAGUAUCCAUUACAAGAUCAAAUUGCAAGGCAUGCAUAAGAGCAAAAGUGAAUAAAGAAGGACAGUUUGAGGUGGUGGCUCAUGUUAUUCAGCAUAACCACGAGCUAACAAAGCCACAGUGGCAUUAUUUGCAUCGUUCUGAAAGAAAAAUGACAGAGGAAAAAGUUGUAACAAUCAAAACAAUGAAAUCUUCAGGUCUAACUACAAUGGACACUUACAAUUACAUGGCUACAGAGGCUGGAGGAGAACAAAAUAUAGGCCAUAGUGUUGUAGAUCACCUGAAUUUCUGCUCAAGGUUAAGAAUGGAACAAAUUGAGGCUGGAGAUGCUCAAACUUUAGUGAACAUUUUAAGUCAGAAACAAUCAAAGGAUCCAAACUUCUUUUUUAGAGUGAAGUUUGACAAAGAAGGAAGAAUUUGCAAUAUCUUUUGGAGAGAUUCAAUGAUGCUAGAAGACUAUAGGAUAUAUGGAGAUGUUCUUGUCUUUGAUACAACAUACAGAACCAACAGAUAUAAUCUUAUAUGUGCUCCAUUUGUUGGCAUAAAUAACCACUGGCAUAAUUGUAUGUUUGCUUGUGCUUUUAUUGGGGAUGAAACGACAGAUUCAUUUGUGUGGUUACUACAAACCUUCUUCAAAGCUAUGGAGGAUAGAAAACCAACUUCAAUAUUCACUGACCAGGACCAAGAAAUGGCAAAUGCUAUACUAGAGGUGAUUCCUAAUACAAGACAUAGACUUUGUAUAUGGCAUUUGGAGCAAAAUGCCAUAACCAGAUUUGGAGCUCUUAAAAAAGACAAAGAAUUCAAAUUUGCAUUCAACCAGUGCUUAAAGAUAGAUUUCUUUUCAGCGGGGAUCUUAUCGUCACAAAGGAGUGAAAGCACUAAUCAUGCCAUAGGAUUCAGAGCAAGUAAAGCAUCUACUUUGACAGAAUUUUAUACCAUAUUUAAGAAGACAACUAAUCGUUGGAGAAGCACAGAGAAAUAUGAUGAGUUUACCUGUAGCAAGUCAAUAGCAUUCACUUCAUUGCCUCUAUCUGGAAUGCUAAAGCAUGUCGCACAGGUUUUCACUUUAUCACUCUUUAGAAAUUUUGAAGAGGAGUUUGGAUACUCUAUGGCAACAACUGUUCAGAUGUUAGGCAGUAAUGAAGAAUGCCUACUUUAUCAAGUAACACUAGAAGACAAGCCAUGGUCUGCACAUCAAGUAAACUAUAUACAAGAGAGCCAAACUGUAUGGUGUACUUGCAAAAACUUUGAAGCAUCUGGAUGGUUAUGUUAUCAUUGCAUCAGAAUUCUACAUUUGCAUUCAGUAACAAGAAUACCAGACAAGUAUGUUUCAAAAGGAUGGACUAAGUUUGCAAAAACAGAGGCAUGGGAUAGGUUGAAGAAUCAGGAUCCUAAACAGCAAUAUAUUCCAUGGAGGCAAACAAUGAUGAGGAAAUACUACAAUCUAAUCUUAAAAAGUCAAGAAAAUGAAGAGACAAGAGCAUUUAUGGAAGAAAGCUUCAGAAACAGUCUUAAAAUGGUGGAAGACUUACUUGCUAGUGCUGCUCAGAAAGAAAGUGCAUAA